AUGGGGAAGGGCAAGGGGAAGGAGCGGGCUUAUGAUGGGGAGGUGGAGUUUGCAGAGUGGGAUGAGGACGGAGAAGGAGAGGGAGGGUAUGCGCCAAAGGCUCGGCAGUUGAAGGUUCGGAAGAGGAGGAGGAGCGAGGGAGGGGAGGAGGGAGCUGAUGUGAAGCGGCGGAAGGAGGAGCGGGCCGAGGGACCGCCUGAGGUGGAGGAGAAGGGCAAGGAGAAGCGGGCCAAGAGGAAGAAGGGCAAGGAGAAGGCUAUCGAGGCGCCCGACAAGCCGAAGAAGAAGUCCAAAAAGCGUGUUCGGAUCGCUACGCCCGCUCCAGCCUCUUCCGGCGGUGCUGGUACCGACUACUCCCCCUCCGACGCCGACGCUUCCGACGCGGACCUCCCCCUUCAAGCCCUCGAAGGCGCUUCCCUCUCCUCCGACGACUGGACCGACCCCCUCGGCAUUCCCAGCGCCCAAACCGUGCGCGGGAGAAAGUACUGGCGCCUGUUGGAUCAGGGGAUCUACAGGUCUGCGCUGCAUGAUGCGGCGCGAGAGGGGAUGGAUUUGGGACGGGCGUUGGUGCAGUGGGAGGCGUUGAGGAGGAGGAGGGAAGAAGAGGAGGAGGCGGCGGAGGAGGAGUGGAGGGCGCUACAGUUGCAGAAGAGGGAGGAAGAGCGCAACGAGGCGAUGAAGCGGAAGGACGACGAUGCGGCCGACGACGACGAGUCGCAAGCUGGCACGCCCGCUCCAGGCGCUCGGAAGAAGCGCCCCUCCGCAAAGGCCGCUCACGAUCCCUGCCGCUCUCUCCACCCCUUUCCCCUCUCGCGCGGCCCGCAGAACGACGACUCAGACGACCCCCGCCACCGCCUCGAAUACGACUCGGACGGCGCCGAGAUUCUCCCGCUCCCUUCGUCCGUCGCGUUGGCCAAGAUGGCGCGGUGGCCUCUACAUUCUUCGGUUCUUGGAUCCGCACUCGGGCCAGAUUCGCUCGAGGAUGCGUUGGCGGGGGAAUACGAACGCGUCUAUCGCCGUACUCGACCCGACCCGAUCCCUCGUCUCCGCCGUCGCGGUCCUCGAUCUGCAUACGGUCCAGACGGCCCACUCGCUCCCUCUUCUCCCUCUGCACAACCUGAUCUAGACUCUUCAACCGAGAACGACUACGACUCGGACCCGCUCAAUUCAGACGCCGACUCCCCCGUCCCUCCUCCCUCGCUCCUCGCCCUCCCUUCCCUCCUGGACCAACUCCUCACUCGCCUAGCAGACUGCGUCCCCAAGUCCGCUUUUCCGGCUUACGAUUAUUGGUCCACUCGCGAGAGGGACGAGGAGGGGAGGAAGGACGAUCGCAAGAGGGGAGUGGAGAGGGACCGGAGAGGGGUCGGGUGGGAAGAGGUGGUGAGUGUAGCGAGGGAGAUGGGGAUCGAUGAGCAGAUUCUCGAGACGCUUUCGGCGCAACUCGUAGCGCUCUUCGGGCCCUCUCGGCAUCCUCCCGUCACUCUCCCGCCACCGGGAGGGUACCCCUCGAUCCAGGUCAAGCGGCGUCAGGCGAAGCCGCGGGCGAGUAAGAAGGCGAGCAAGGAAGCUGGGAAUGAGCAGGAGCAGGACGACGGAGCGGGUCGUCUUGCCGGUGCAGCGAACGAAGACGACGACGACCCAGACGAAGCAUGA